AAGUUUCUUUUUUCUUCCGGUUUAUUCUCGGUCUGUCUGAAAACUGACUGAGUCAUAGAAAUAGAAUCGUCUCCAAAGUCUAAACUCUGGUUAAUGUGCUGUGAUAUAUAUUUUAAACGAAUGGGAAUUUAAAUCAGGCACAGGCACGAAGAGGUGAAGGACCAUCAGGACCUGGUUUUGACACUCGGCGGAGAACGGCGGAGAAGGGCGGUGCCGGUCUACAAAAGUCACUAUUUCGUCUUGAUCAGCGGAAAGAGGCCAAGGGAGUGUCCGCCUCACAGCUCGUGUUCGGAGGCAUAUAUGAAGUUCGAGUCGCUCCGGUUCUGAGUCGCGGACAUGGAUGGACACUCGAGUUCCGGGCCCGUCACGGUGCUGCUGCUCGCCGCCCUCACGAGCUUCGCGCUGGGCCAAGGUUCACUGUACUUCGAGGAGGGAAAACCCCUGGUCCUGACUCCUCCGGAUCACGGAACUGUCAUCACCAGCGUCGUUUGGACCCACAACACGGACCUGGUGGUGGAGUGGAUUAAGAAUAACCUGGUGUUCUACAGGUCGUUUCAAGGACGGACUGAACUGAACCAGAGCACCGCACAACUGACCGUCAACGACACCACGCAAAGCGACGGGGGAGAAUACAGGGUGGAGAUCAACAACGUGCAGCAGAGUCAAGUGUACACGGUUAAAGUGAUAAAGAAGGUGCCCAAGCCCUCGGUGGUGCUGAGGACCCCGUCAUGCAGCCCCACAUCCAGCAACUGCAACUUUACUUGUAAGGGAGACCCCGACGCGACUCAGCUCCUCACCUACAGCUGGAGGAAGGACUCAGGUGACCCAGAUAAGCUAGGUACGUGGGAGCCGGGGCUGCAGACCAUGAACCUCCUCCUCGACGACGUGAAGACGAAGGGUGUAAAACAGAUCUCCUGCAGGAUGAAGAACCCUGUCAGCGAAGAGGAGAGCGACCGUCUUGAUAACCCAAUGUACCCGAAGGACCUGGGAUCUUUGUCUUCAGGCGGGCUGGCUGCAAUUAUCAUCGUCGUGAUCCUUGUGGUCUUGGGACUUGGUGUGGGAGUUGUAUAUUGGCAGCGAGAAGCCAUCAAGAAAAAGUUCUGUGCAGGUACAGACACUGACUCUUCAAAUGCAGUCAGGUUUUCUUCUGUACCAAAAGAAGAUGGACAUUCUGUUAAUCAACCCCCGAAUGAAGACCAAUAACAUCAGUCUGCCUCUCUAUGAGACACAGAGCUGAAGAAAAAAUCCAAGAUUUGCCCCAAAAUGAACUGAGCUCUUCCUUAAGUCGCCCCCGCCCUCCUCUAAACUUCACAGGAUUCUGUUCAGGGGUUUCUUCGUGUUUAAAGAACAAACGCAGGUAAAACCACAACCUCUGUCCAGCUGAUGAAGCUCCAGCAUCACAUCUGGUCUCCGAACAACUCGACUGUUCAUCCCUGAAUUCUUCCUGUUGCAGAGGAAUUUCCUAUUUUUUUUAUAUAAAACCAAAACAGUAGAGCUGAGGGCAGAAACUGAGAUAUUUUAUAAUCUGACUAGAUUUUCUACUUUUUUUAAGCAACCACCUGUGUACAGGAUUUAGCUGCAUGGUCUUAAAAUUAUGAGCUGGGUGAGAUAAAUAAUUCAGUAACUGCCCUUCUCAAUUUAAAGUAGAAAGUGGUGGAAGAAAUUUAGCUUUUUUUUAAAUCAAAAAAGGGAAAACAACAGUUUAGAAACAUUAUUUAACUAUUAUAUGUAAAGUCAGGGAAUCUAAAUGAACUUGAGCUGCUUUAGACCUUCACUAAACUGAUAUUCAGAUGAAGUGUUCUGGAAGUUCUGUAUCUGAGAACAAAUGUCUGAGCCAGUGUCUCGCUGCAGCCUCUGAGUAAAAUGUCUUAAAUAAUAAUUUGUAUUGAAAUGUUGACGUGUUAGGUAGAGUUAGUCUGUUCAUAUCCCAGCAGACACAUUUCCAUGGACACCAAUAUUCUGACAUUAACCAUUAACUAUCAGAAUAAGGCACUGCAUGUAAAGGGCAUGUUCUGGUGAAUUGAGCCUGAAUGAGAUCAUACUCAGACUAAUCAAUUAUCAAACUAAGAACAAUGGAGUAUUCUGACUCUAGCCUCAUUAUGUUUAUAUGCUUAUCUCAUUAUAAUGUCCCAUUGGAGGUUUCACAGCAUUUUUUACCAUUGACAUGACAGUAUCGGGCAUUAAAUAAUUCCAGUUUGGAGUUUUAAAAUUCUAGUGGGAAUGUCAGACGAAUGACAGUGGACUCAAUGUUGACAUGUGACAUCAUCCGUGUAACAAGUCACCAGGAUUAUGAAGGGAAUAUUCUAUUAGCAACGAGGGCCAACAUUAUAUUCAUAUUUUGUCUUAUUCUGAAUAAGGCCAAAGUGAAUGUUUUGGUGUCCAUAUAAACGUAAGUACCAAAAUAAUAACUUCCUAAUUGAUAUGUUGAUGGAGUAAUCAGAGUAUUAUUGUGAUGGAAACUGGAAUCAGUAAUUCAAAGUUUUACUCCUGAGUAAAUGAUCUUCAUUACCUUCCACCGCUGCACAACUAUGACUGAACCAUGUAAAUUGAAGGUCAAGAUGGCAAAUGGUUUUGUAUUUAUAUAUUGAUUUUCUAGUCUUGAUGACCACUCAAAGCGCUUUACAGUACUGUUUUACAUUCACCAAUUCACACUCACAUUCAUACAGUGCAUCUACUCGCAGCACUUUGUUUAUCUAUGGGGGGCUAUUCAGGGUUCAGCAUCUUGCCCAAGGACACUUCGGCAUGCAGAUGGGUCAGACUAAGAAUCGAACCGCCGACCUUCAGGUUGGAGGACGACCACUCUAAAAAAAAAGAUUUCCUGGCUUAUUAUGUGCAGUCUUAUGUAUGUUGAUAACUACUGUUCCUUUCUUUUAUCAAUUUUUAUCCUUCACUCAAGGCAGAAUGAUUGAAUGUAUUUUUUAAAACGAGCUUGGAGUGAGUCAGAAUAAUUUUUCGGAUUAUUUUUACCACAAUAUGCAUGUACAGGGUCAAUGUGAAACAUUAAGACGCAUGUGUGUGAUUAAAUUCAACAACCAAGUCAUCAUCUAACUAUCACCAUGUCUUAUGCACUGACUGCUUCUGUGUAUUUAAAGUGAAUCCCUCUCUGCUCUGAAAAACAACCUCCUCUCUUAACAAAAUGGAAAUCUGUUACGGAAACUUCCAUUUUGUCUUUGUUAUUUAUAGUUUCUCACAUUUAAAAUGUUUGAAGCUGUAGAGUUGUGUGCCUUCAAAAUAAAAUGUAUUUUGUUGAUAAUAUAAAA